AUGUUCUCUCAAAUUGUCACCGCUGCUAAGGGCCUUUUCACGCGACCAGAGUCUGAAGAGACAUCCCCAGAUCCUGCUAGCAGCAACGCCCCGACUACUUCGAAAAUGGUGACCGCCACUCGUCAACGGGUUGUCAAGCCCGAGCAAUCUACAGAGGAACCCGUUACCAACGGCGUCGCCAAGGGAGGCAAGAGAAAGGCACAGGGCACCAACACAGAAAAGCCCGACCAAAAGCAAACCAAGCGGAGGAAGCGGGAUAGCCUCGAAGCUGCCGAAGCGACCAACGAUACCCUUGCACAGAAUGGCAAGCACGAAGAAGACAGCUCGAAGCCGACAGAAUCCGUGCCAAAAGGACAUCGCCGCUUCGACAGUGAAGAGCCCGACAUGACAGAGGAACCUCUAACUCAAGCGACCACGAACGUCUCUAACAACGAUGAAGACGAUAGCGACAGUGACAGCGACGAUGAUGCACCGGAGACGAUCGACAACUCUGCCCAACUUAUGAAGAUUAAGGAACAGGCGAAGCGACAAGAAAAAAUCAAGCAACAAGAGGAGCAAGCAAAGAGAGAAAAGCGAAGGAAAUUAGACGAGCGCCGAAAAGUCCAAGCUAAAUCUUCGAAGACCAAGGAGAUCUCUCCCAUCGAUGACCUGCUGUCCGAGAGCACGGCUACCCUCCAAGGAUCGAUCACACAAGACGCACGGCGGGCCGCUCUCCCCGCUUUGCUUCCCGAUGACAUUUUGAAUGCCGAACCCGCAGAGCGACCGCUCACACCACCUGCCGAGGACUCAUUUGCAGUACCAAAGAAGUCUAGCAAGCUGAGAUUUUUGGAGAAAAGCGAAAGAGCCCCGAAGGACAUGCAGGUGGGAGAUGUUACGAUCCGAGUGUUGGAUGCGCCAUCUUCAUCAAAGUCCGGCUCUAAGCCCGUGCUGGCACCGAAAGCCUCCAAGGCUGGCCGCGAUGUCAAGAACAACUGGAUGAAGAGGGACCAAAGCUCUGGCAAAGUCAAUGGGCUACGGAGGACAGCGGGUGGACCAUCGGGUUUCGUGCGGCGGUGA